AUGACAUCACCUGAGUCUACCCUCCCCUCCCCUUCCCCCUGUCCGCCUCCCCCUUCCUCCCUCCCCUCCUCUCCCACUCCCUCCUCUCCCACUCCGUCCUCCUCCCUCCCGCCUCCCCCCUCCCUGCCUCCCACGGGGGAGGUGAUGGUCCUGGCCCUAGGGAGGAAGAAACAGAGGAUGCUGAUCUGUCUCUCCAUCCUCCCCAAUCUCUUCCUGGCCUUCCUUCUCUCCUCGGACGCCCUGCUUACCUUCACCUCACCGCACCACUGCCGCCUCCCGGGACCCUUGCCUGCCCCGCAGAUCCUUAACGCCUCCCUGCCCUGGGAAAAAGGGGACAGAGUGGGGGACAGCGGGGGGCUGUCUCAGUGCAAGCAGUUUAUCAACGGUACCCAGUCCGGGGUGGAAAACUGUGAAGCUGGCUGGAACUACAACGUCACAGAAGGAUUGAGGAUUAACGUUGUUACUGAGGUACCUCAAGGAACUUCGUCGGCUUCAUUGUUUUCUUGAUUAGUUUUGUAAUUCCCGGUCUCAGCAUCCAAGUGGCUCCUAGCGGAACAGGGAAUGAUUGUUUAACAACGAUAUAAUGAAUUACUCAGUGAAGUCCUGAUACCUUUACAUGCAGUGUAACGUAAAACUGUAAUUUAUACAGUAAUUUUGGGUAUUACCAUUAGUAAAAUACUCUGAAACGUUUUACUGUAGCAUACUGUCAAUUAUGGUGCAUUGUGGGAAAAUGUUGUGGGUGGGGAAAGAAUGGCUGUAUUUCGAAUGGUACUGUAAUUCCAUCCCAGAGAAUACAGUACCAUACUGUAUCUUUGGAGCGCCAAAAACCUUUUGACCAAAACUGGGUUUCUGGCUCAUUAACAUAUUUUGAGGCAUGCCUUGUAAGGCUAUAUUUGUAGCACCCGUUAGUGAGAAUGCUGUACCAAUUUAACUCCUAUGUGUUAUAGUGCCCCCAUCAAUUUGUAUAGGGGACAUGAUUGGAGUGGCAGCAAGUCUUAAGCAUUAAAUGGUUGAGCAUUUUGCCAUGUUCUUUUGGUCUGAUUUGCCCUGUAGUCACUGUCAGCUUGGAAGCCUUUGUUCAGGCCUCUAGAAGUGCAAGGGAUAUCAAACACCACAUAUUUAUAGAUAUGCUGUACUGUGUAUCCCUUGUAAUUACAUUAAAAUACUGUGAAAUACAAACCACUCCCCUCAAUGAAAUUCAUCCAUUGAUCCAUUCAUUAUGAUUACAGUAGCAUUUACUUUUUUACAGUAUAAUACAAUAAAUGUUACAGUAUUGUACUGUGUCAUUACACAGUACUUGCUUUGAUACCGUAAUUAGAUUACAGUAGGUGUACUGUAAUAUGAAAAACAGAAAAUGUACUUGCCAAUGAGCUGCCUGUAAGUAACUGUCAAAUUCACGGCAACCCAUUUACAGUGUGGUAAAAAAAAUGCUUUCACCAUUUAACACAGCUUUGAUGAAGUAGGCCUAUGUUAUAAACAGUCACGGCACCCACAGGGUCAGAAACAGUAGUAGAGGGAGGUCAUGGGAAAUGUACAACCAAACUCCUCCUGCCUUUAUUCAUUUAAUGAUGUAUUCUACAAUGCCUUAUGACGCUCCAGGCCUAAUGUCUUUAGCAGAACUCUUGUUCAAUGUCCACCACACCCAAUAUUUCCAUGGAGGUCUUAAGCUCUCGAUUGGUCCACUGUGUUUUCCAUGGAGGUCUUAAGCUCUCGAUUGGUCCACUGUGUUUUCCAUGGAGGUCUUAAGCUCUCGAUUGGUCCACUGUGUUUUCCAUGGAGGUCUUAAGCUCUCGAUUGGUCCACUGUGUUUUCCAUGGAGGUCUUAAGCUCUCGAUUGGUCCACUGUGUUUUCCAUGGAGGUCUUAAGCUCUCGAUUGGUCCACUGUGUUUUCCAUGGAGGUCUUAACCUCUCGAUUGGUCCACUGUGUUUUCCAUGAAGGUCUUAAGCUCUCGAUUGGUCCACUGUGUUUUCCAUGGAGGUCUUAAGCUCUCGAUUGGCCCACUGUGUUUUCCAUGAAGGUCUUAACCUCUCGAUUGGUCCACUGUGUUUUCCAUGAAGGUCUUAACCUCUCGAUUGGCCCACUGUGUUUUCCAUGGAGGUCUUAACCUCUCGAUUGGCCCACUGUGGACUCACGUUCUAUUUGUUUUGAAUUCCAUGCGUGGUGACGCGGGUGGCAUACUCAACGUUUCUGUAAGCUUUUCUGUGGGCCUGUUGCCCUCUGUGGUUAACUGAACAUACACUGGUCUCAAGGAGUCCUUCUAACUGAAGAGACAGACUACUGCAGUGGUUUUUCCAUGUGCCUAUAGACUGAAGAGACAGACUACUGCAGUGGUUUUUCCAUGUGCCUAUAGACUGAAGAGACAGACUACUGCAGUGGUUUUUCCAUGUGCCUAUAGACUGAAGAGACAGACUACUGCAGUGGUUUUUCCAUGUGCCUAUAGACUGAAGAGACAGACUACUGCAGUGGUUUUUCCAUGUGCCUAUAGACUGAAGAGACAGACUACUGCAGUGGUUUUUUCCAUGUGCCUAUAGACUGAAGAGACAGACUACUGCAGUGGUUUUUCCAUGUGCCUAUAGACUGAAGAGACAGACUACUGCAGUGGUUUUUUCCAUGUGCCUAUAGACUGAAGAGACAGACUACUGCAGUGGUUUUUCCAUGUGCCUAUAGACUGAAGAGACAGACUACUGCAGUGGUUUUUCCAUGUGCCUAUAGACUGAAGAGACAGACUACUGCAGUGGUUUUUCCAUGUGCCUAUAGACUGAAGAGACAGACUACAGCAGUGGUUUUUCCAUGUGCCUAUAGACUGAAGAGACAGACUACUGCAGUGGUUUUUCCAUGUGCCUAUAGACCGAAGGGACAGACUACUGCAGUGGUUUUUCCAUGUGCCUAUAGACUGAAGAGACAGACUACUGCAGUGGGUUUUCCAUGUGCCUAUAGACGGCAGGAAUAUAAUUCAGUCACUCUUUUCAUAGACACAAGGCCUGAUUCAGUGGUUGGUUUCAGAGUAUAUUUUUACCUUGUCAUGAUCCACCAGUAUAACACCACUGUGCUUUCCAUGGAGGUCUUAAGCGCUCGAUUGGUCCACUGUGUUUUCCAUGAAGGUCUUAAGCUCUCGAUUGGUCCACUGUGUUUUCCAUGAAGGUCUUAACCUCUCGAUUGGCCCACUGUGUUUUCCAUGAAGGUCUUAAGCUCUCGAUUGGUCCACUGUGUUUUCCAUGAAGGUCUUAAGCUCUCGAUUGGUCCACUGAAAGGAAAUGAUUUAAAUCACAUUUCAAUAUACUGUAGUUUGGUUGUAAUGACUUUUUCUGUAUGAUCUGGAACAAUGUCCUAUUGAUGGAGUGAUUGUGCAUAACAUGUUUAACUCUCUCUUCCCUUUCUGUAAUCUUCUGUUGAUUUCCCACCUCUUUGCUUUCCUCUACCAGUGGGAUUUGGUGUGUGGUCAGUACUGGCUGGUCCCAGUCGAGGAGGUGUCCUUCAUACUGGGCGUUCUGACAGGAUGCCUGGGACUGGGCUUUGCAGCUGACAGGUGAGACGAGCUGAGAAAUACAAAGGAAAAUACAAGGGUUAGACUGGGGGGAGACCUCUUGAGGAUUUAAAGUAAGAUGAACAAAUUUAAUUAGACAAUAUUCUGUUCAUUAAAGGUCGUUGAAUGAAUGAGGCUUUCGGCGACUGAGCUGAGCUGCACCUGAAUCCAGAAAUGUGGUUGAAUGAAAAUUGUUUAAGUAUAUUUCUAGAUGUCCCUAAAAAGCUAUGUAUUUACAUGGACAUUACCUUUGUUAUUUAGUAGCUUAAUCCAGGACUUUUAACUGUGUUUUUAAACCUCUGUUUUUACAAGGCCUUUUCCUGGAUUCAAUUUCCAUGAAACCGGCCCAUAGCGUUCAGAGGCCAUUGCUUAUGCAUGACUUAAACAGAGCUUUGUCUCUUCUCUAUGUUUUCCUCAGACUGGGCAGGUUGAAGACACUGCUCAUUUCGCUGAGCCUCUCAGUGGUAUUUGGGGUGCUUGUGUGCGUCUCUACCUCCCCCCCUUUUUUUAUUGUCAUGCGCUUUUGCCUGGCUGCUGCUAGCGCUGGUGUCUACCUCACGCUUUACAUCACACGUGAGUAGUCUCCAGAUACUGGUGCUAUAGUUAGGGCCUUUACAUCACACGUGAGUAGUCUCCAGAUACUGGUUCUAUAGUUAGGGCCUUUACAUCACACGUGAGUAGUCUCCAGAUACUGGUUCCAUAGUUAGGGCCUUUACAUCACACGUGAGUAGUCUCCAGAUACUGGUGCUAUAGUUAGGGCCUUUACAUCACACGUGAGUAGUCUCCAGAUACUGGUUCUAUAGAUAGGGCCUUUACAUCACACGUGAGUAGUCUCCAGAUACUGGUUCUAUAGUUAGGGCCUUUACAUCACACGUGAGUAGUCUCCAGAUACUGGUUCUAUAGUUAGGGCCUUUACAUCACACGUGAGUAGUCUCCAGAUACUGGUUCUAUAGUUAGGGCCUUUACAUCACACGUGAGUAGUCUCAAGAUACUGGUUCUAUAGUUAGGGCCUUUACAUCACACGUGAGUAGUCUCCAGAUACUGGUUCUAUAGUUAGGGCCUUUACAUCACACGUGAGUAGUCUCCAGAUACUGGUUCUAUAGUUAGGGCCUUUACAUCACACGUGAGUAGUCUCCAGAUACUGGUUCUAUAGUUAGGGCCUUUACAUCACACGUGAGUAGUCUCCAGAUACUGGUUCUAUAGUUAGGGCCUUUACAUCACACGUGAGUAGUCUCCAGAUACUGGUUCUAUAGUUAGGGCCUUUACAUCACACGUGAGUAGUCUCCAGAUACUGGUUCUAUAGUUAGGGCCUUUACAUCACACGUGAGUAGUCUCCAGAUACUGGUUCCAUAGUUAGGGCCUUUACAUCACACGUGAGUAGUCUCCAGAUACUGGUGCUAUAGUUAGGGCCUUUACAUCACACGUGAGUAGUCUCCAGAUACUGGUUCUAUAGUUAGGGCCUUUACAUCACACGUGAGUAGUCUCCAGAUACUGGUUCUAUAGUUAGGGCCUUUACAUCACACGUGAGUAGUCUCCAGAUACUGGUUCUAUAGUUAGGGCCUUUACAUCACACGUGAGUAGUCUCCAGAUACUGGUUCUAUAGUUAGGGCCUUUACAUCACACGUGAGUAGUCUCCAGAUACUGGUUCUAUAGUUAGGGCCUUUACAUCACACGUGAGUAGUCUCCAGAUACUGGUUCUAUAGUUAGGGCCUUUACAUCACACGUGAAUAGUCUCCAGAUACUGGUUCUAUAGUUAGGGCCUUUACAUCACACGUGAGUAGUCUCCAGAUACUGGUACCAUAGUUAGGGCCUUUACAUCACACGUGAGUAGUCUCCAGAUACUGGUUCUAUAGUUAGGGCCUUUACAUCACACGUGAGUAGUCUCCAGAUACUGGUACCAUAGUUAGGGCCUUUACAUCACACGUGAGUAGUCUCCAGAUACUGGUUCUAUAGUUAGGGCCUUUACAUCACACGUGAGUAGUCUCCAGAUACUGGUUCUAUAGUUAGGGCCUUUACAUCACACGUGAGUAGUCUCCAGAUACUGGUUCUAUAGUUAGGGCCUUUACAUCACACGUGAGUAGUCUCCAGAUACUGGUUCUAUAGUUAGGGCCUUUAUAUCACACGUGAGUAGUCUCCAGAUACUGGUUCUAUAGUUAGGGCCUUUACAUCACACGUGAGUAGUCUCCAGAUACUGGUUCUAUAGUUAGGGCCUUUACAUCACACGUGAGUAGUCUCCAGAUACUGGUUCUAUAGUUAGGGCCUUUACAUCACACGUGAGUAGUCUCCAGAUACUGGUACCAUAGUUAGGGCCUUUACAUCACACGUGAUAGUCUCCAGAUACUGGUUCUAUAGUUAGGGCCUUUACAUCACACGUGAGUAGUCUCCAGAUACUGGUUCUAUAGUUAGGGCCUUUACAUCACACGUGAGUAGUCUCCAGAUACUGGUUCUAUAGCUAGGGCCUUUACAUCACACGUGAGUAGUCUCCAGAUACUGGUACCAUAGUUAGGGCCCGGUGUAUUGCGCAAUCACGUGACAUAGCAUGAUUCUAUUCUAUAUUUCAAGCCUUAUCCAGAAAUGAGAUUUACUCCAAAAAUGAAAGCAAUUUUCUGAGGAUGGUGCUGGACCAUCUGCCAUAAGGAGAAAAAAGGACCGUUUGAUACAUUUAAAGUUCAAAUCCAGGCAUGUCACAUGAUUGCUCAAAACACAGGAACCUUGCCACAGUUCCAAAGGCUGUCACGUUCGUUCAUAGACGGGGCAGACCAAGGCCCAGCGUGAUAUGCAUACAUGUUGAUUUGAACCGAAAAAAACAACGACAAAACAACAAACUAAACGAAACGUGAAGUCCAAGGUACAACAAACAACAUACCUCACACGGAACAAGAUCCCACAACCCACUAGUGCCAAUAGGCUGCCUAAGUAUGGUCCCCAAUCAGAGACAACGAGCCACAGCUGCCUCUGACAGAUAUACACCACAUAGAAAAUCAUACCCUGACUCAACAAAUAAGAGUCCCCAGAGUCAGGGCGUGACAAAGGCUCUAGAGUCAGGGCGUGACAAAGGCUCUAGAGUCAGGGCGUGACAAAGGCUCUAGAGUCAGGGCGUGACAAAGGCUCUAGAGUCAGGGCGUGACAAAGGCUCUAGAGUCAGGGCGUGACAAAGGCUCUAUCAAUAGCAUCAAAACACUACUGCCAUGAUGACCACUGCUGAUCUUUUCAAACCUGACACCACACAGAAAAUAGCAUCUUAAAACCAUUUUGAGGAUACUUUAAAGACCAAACUUGUUUAUUAAUCGUUCAGCACUGUUGUGUCUGUAAUCAUUCAUUGUUUUGUCUGUGUGUUUGAUUGACAGGUCUUGAACUCUGUGACCCCUCACUACGUCUGCUGGUCACCAUGGUAGCAGGACUAACUACGGUUGCUGGAGAGCUGCUGUUGCUGGGUGUUGCUCUGGGUUGCCAGUCCUGGAGGGGCUUACUUGGAACUGGGGCUGCACCGCUCUCUCUGUUCCUCACCUAUGGGUGAGUGUGUGUGUGUGUGUGUGUGUGUGUGUGUGUGUGUGUGUUUGUUUGGGGGGAUAGUAGCUUAUUGACAAGGGAAAGAGGAAUAUGGUAUUCAUUUGAUUAAAGACCUAAGUGCAAACUGACUUGCUGACUCCAGCAUUGUAUUGAUUUCAAUCCCCCUGUUUCAUUCAGCCAUUAACUGAAGUCAGAAUACAUUAGCAUUUGGCUUCAAGGUGCAGUGUCCCUCCCAGAGUCCUCAUUACCUUUUAUUUUAAAUAGCAAAUUUAACACAGAGCAAAUGAAAUAACAACUUUGACGUUCCAGGGGAGAAAAUAGCUUGGUAUGGAUCCUAGGUUGAAGAACCUAAUAAUUCCAUGUGGAUGCUAACUAGCAUAGCUGGUCCCAUUGUUUAGAAUUCUUUCUAAGAACAGCCCUUAAUCAGGAGUCAUCACACGGUAAUCCCUGGGUUCUCAUGCCUUAUGGCUUCAUUACAAUCCUAUUUUAACCGUUGUUAUCCUCAACCUAGAAGGAAAGCUAGGAGGAAAUGACAUUCAAAUGUUUGUUUUGUUUCAGUAUUCCAGGGGUAUUCCCUGAGUCUCCUCGCUGGCUUCUUCUCUCUGAGAGAUCAGCUGAUCUGAAUUCCUUCAGUGAAAGAAGACAUAGAGAGAGGGAUGAAGAGAGCUUCACAGGUGUGUGGCAACCAUUUUGUCUUUUCAUGAGAUGUAUGACUUUUGAUUGGGGGGGAAAAAAAUGUCUCUGCUGAUGCCUCCAGUGUGACAUUUUGUGGUGUUGUUGUCAUGAUAUCAGAGCUGGACUCGGAGCUAUCUCCCUCUACUCGCCCACACCUGUCCUUCCCAGAGCUCGUACACAGCAGGAACAUCUGGAAAAACAUCUGUGUGCUCGGCUUCACCUCGUAAGUCACCUAACUGGGCUGUUUGAAGCUCCCCUCACACUUUUAAAUAGCUGCACACGUAGUAGUAGUAGUAGUAGUAGUAGUAGUAGUAGUAGUAGUAGUAGUUAGUAGUAGUAGUAGUAGUAGUAGUUAGUAGUAGUAGUAGUAGUAGUAGUAGUAGUAGUAGUAGUAGUAGUAGUAGUAGUAGUAGUAGUAGUAGUACUAGUAGAAUAAGAUAUUUAGGGAUGUAAUAAUGUUAUAUGAUGUACUGUUUUAUCUUUUAUUGUAUUUCUAAUGUAAGUGCCUUAAUGUGUUUGGACCCCAGGAAGAGUAGCUGUUGCCAAUGGGGAUCCCUAAUAAAUACAAUUACAAAUACAGUACAUUAAAGUUUUUAACUUCUUUGUGUAACUACACAGUAACUACACCGGUUACUAGUGAGAAGUAAUUACAUUUUGGUAACCAAACAUAUUACCAUGUAUGCUACCUAUAGUGUAAUAUAAAGGUUUGCCCUUGCUUCUAUCAACAUUUUACUUGGUAGGAACCCAGAGGAUUCAUAUAGUAGUUGCCAAUCAGACCAUGAUUCUCCCUCUCCAUCACUCUCCUGUUGUCUGUCAGGUUCAUUUCCCAUGGCAUUAGUCACUGUUACAGCUCGUUCCGCGGUGAUGUCAGAGGCACUGCCCCCAGCUUCUAUUGGACCUAUCUGCUCUCUGUCUGUGCGGGAGGAGGGGCCUGGCUGUUGUUAUGGGCAACCGUGAACAGGUGUGGUCGCCGUGGUAUCCUGCUCCUCGCCAUGACGAUGACAGGGCUGGCAUCUCUGAUUCUCCUCGGACUGAUGGAGUGUAAGUUGGCGUUCAAGGUAGAAGUUGCCCUUAAAGCUAGAAUCCUUAGUUACUACACCCAUUUUUUGACUUAUAAAUUAAUGAUUAAUACCAAUUGAUUCUUUAAGAAUAUAACUAAAAUGCCUCAUGAGCUUAGUUCAACUGUCGUACCCCAUCAGAACCCAAAAUAUAAGCUUGUUUUACUCCAAUGUUUGUAAACAAUGUAAACAAACACUGUAUAGCCUUAAAACAUGGUUCAAACUAUAAUUCCGAUAAUGGUCAGUCCUUGCAUCCAUAGCUUUGUCUAUGCAUUUGAGUGGUUCCAUUUCUCCAGGUCCAUCCCUCAGCUUUUUACCGAAACAGAGAUGGGGGUGGCCGCUUUGUUAUUGUUUCAAAUGCGGAUUGGCCCUUUAAGCAACAUAAUGCUUUGGAGAAAGUAGAUAUGGUCCCUUCACCGCUGAUACAGGAUCAGGUAUGUUUUCAUCCACUAAAACAUAUAAUCCUGUGUCAGUGCUUAAGGGCCAAAUUCUACCUACUCCUAACCUUGAAUACACAGAGAGUAAAUGUAAUUCAGUUCAUAGGAGAACAUAUGUCAUGACGUAGUUACGACUCCAUCAUUUUCUCAAUUGACAUUGAAAACAGGAAGCACAGGUUCUCUUUUCAUGGCCCCACCUCGUGGCUGAAUGGUGGUAUAUCAGUUCCCUGUAGGACACUGCCGUGGCAGGAAAGUCAAAGUCGCGUCUCAGUUUCAGCUGUAAUCAGCAGUCGGUCAGUCUGUGGAGUUAAGUAAUAAGUUAACUCUCCCUCCUGUUCCUCUCUCAGAUCUAAGUGAGGCGGCCAUCACUGUGUUCUCUGUGAUGGGUCUCUUCUCCUCCCAGGCCGCUGCCUCUCUCUGUGUCCUCUUUACAGCAGAGAUCAUGCCCACCAUCAUCAGGUAAGGACCAGCAACUCAUAGGCUGUCACACCAGUCUUCCCCAUCUAGGCUUGUUCCUUGUAUUAGACAUAUUAUUAGGCCUGAUAUUCAUAUUAAUGGGUGUCAUUUUUGGCUUCAUCCUCAUGAUAUCUCUCUUCCCUGAUCUUUCCUCUUGGAGAUCACUGACCUUUGAACUUUCCCUCUUGUCCAGGGGCAUUGGCGUGGGCACGGUGUUGGCCCUGGGCUGUGUUGGCCAGCUCACCUCGCCGCUCAUGGACCUGCGCAACCACUACGGCUACUUCCUUCACCACGUGGUGUACUCCUCCCUGGCUCUGCUGGCUGUGCUCUCCAUCCUGCUGCUGCCCGAGAGCAAGAGGAAACCGCUGCCCCAGACGCUGGCCGACGGGGAGCGGUACCGACGGCCCCCGCUGGGCCGGAGGAGGAGGGACAACGUGCCCCUGCUGGCCACCCCCAACCCAGAGACCUAGCACGUCACACACCAGUCAUAACGCCAGCCCAGAGUGUCAGCAGGUCGCGGAGAGGAAGAUGGAGAGGGAGAAGAGGGUCAGCUGUCUGCUGAAGAUGGUUAUGCAGAGCC